AUGGUCUUUUACUCUCAAAAUCCAGAGAUCAACGUUCUCAGUACCGACUAUGGUCUCCAACAAGGCGAAGUUGUUGUCAUUUUCAGCAAAAACUCUAUCUGGUAUCCGGUAGCAACGUUGGCUACAAUUAGAAUCGGAGCCAUUGCUUGUGGCGUGUCACCAGAAUACAAUGCCGAAGAGCUCUCAUUCAGCCUGAGAGUUAGCAAGGCGAAGUUUAUAUUGACGGAAAUUCAGUCGCUUGACCACGUUUGCGCCGCAGCGGAGAGCUGCCAAAUCCCCAGCAGGAACGUCAUGCUCAUGGGCGGAAAGCGGGCUGGUGUGACGAGCUUGGAGGACCUGUUGAGCAGAGGCAAGGCUCGAGCCGACUCUCUGGUAUUGCCAUAUAAGAUUCCGCAGAACAUGACAAACCGCGAUGUGUGUGCCUGCCUUUGUUUCAGUAGUGGCACCACGGGGCUUCCAAAGGCAGUCAUGAUAUCUCACGCCAACAUCAUUGCGCAAUGUCUUCAAAUUCAGCAAAUUACACCGCCUGAUCACAAUAAGAUCCUGGCAGCGCUCCCGUUUUAUCACAUCACUGGCAUUGUUCAUCAGCUCCAUCUCCCGAUAGCCCUCAAGGCCCAGGUCUACAUUCUUUCAAAGUUCACACUAGACUCGCUUUUACGAACUGUAGCAGACAACAAGAUCAAGGAGCUUCUCAUUGUACCACCAAUUCUCAUUCGCCUUGUUCGCGAAGACUCGAUCGUGUCUAAAUACGAUCUGUCGCACGUGACCCGGUUCUCCUCAGGGGCUGCACCUCUCUCACGCGAGAUACUCGACCUUCUUGAAAAGAAGUUCCCCAAUACCGGCUUCAAACAGGGCUAUGGCAUGUCAGAAUCAUGCUCGGCCAUCACGUCACACCCGCCAGACAAAUAUGCAUACAAGUACGCCGACAAGGUCGGCAUCCUAGUGGCAUCGACACAGGUCAAGAUCGUGGAUCCUGACACUGGUCGCGAGUGCGGAGUUGGUGAGGCUGGCGAAAUAUGGGCUAAAGGGCCGCAAAUAGCUAUGGGAUAUUUGGACAAUCCGCGCUCGACAGCGGAAACGUUUGACACGGACGGGUUUCUGCACACUGGAGACAUUGGAAAAUUUGACUCCGAAGGUCUGCUCUCGAUAACGGACAGAAUGAAAGAGAUGAUCAAAGUCAAGGGGAUCGGUGUUGCGCCGGCAGAACUUGAGAAUGUCUUGUUGGGACACCCCAUCGUGCACGACGUUGCGAUCUGCGGGAUUCCCGAUGAUCGCGCGGGGGAGAGACCGAAAGCCUAUGUUGUCCUGAAAGAGUCAUUCAAUGAAGGCUAG